AUGGGCAACGCGACCAGCAACGAGUCGGGUGAGGGCACGCCGAUACCGCACCAAAUCCACGAGGUCAUCGUCAAGCAGCUCAAGGCAAAGAUCGCGGCGCUCGAGCGCGACCAUGCAAAGCAGAUCGAGAACAUCCGGCGGUCCCACAGGGCCGAGAUCGAACGCAUCACGAGCGUCCACACGGCUGAGACCGAAGUCGCCGCCGCCACCGCGCUCGAAGAGACGCAGCGCCGGCAAAAACUCGAGGAGACAGUACGCGCGCACGAAACGGCGCUCCUCACACGGCGCCUCGAAGCCAUCCACCUGGUCAGCGACGCAGGCUUCGAGGCGUUCCAGGGCAACCUCGGCUUCGACACCAAGGCGUUCCCCAACACAUCGCUCCACGCCGGGCGGCUCGCCGACGGCAUGCUCGUGCUCCGCCUCGCCGACAGCGUCGAUCGCUUCCGGCAGUCGAUCGCCAUCAUGCAAGCGCUCAAUGGCGCAGACGACCACCUGCUGUGCCUCGUCGGCGGCUGCGACCUCAACACCGACAACCCGAUUGCGUACAUCGAGUACUUUCCCGGCACCGACCUCGAGUCCUACUUGCAGGAGCAUCCCGCACUGUCCGAGCGCGAGAAACUGCAAAUCGCCCGGCAGAUUGCGACAGCGCUUGUCGCUGUGCACAAGAAGGCCAUGCUGCAUCGCGACCUCAACUGGUCCCGCGUCUUCAUCGCCAUCGACGGCCGCGUCAAGGUGUUCGUCGGCCUCAAAGCGCGCGAGCGACCCACGGGCAACGUGGCCAACGGCGUCUCGGCCGAGCGAUGGGGCGCGCCAGAGACCCUCCACGCGACUGGCAUGAGCUCGGACAAGAUCGACAUCUUCUCGCUCGGGCUGCUCCUGAUAACGCUCGUGACCAAGGCGAUCCCGUUCUCGCACAUUAGAAAGAGCGGAACAGACGAGCCCAUCGACGACGAUACGCUGCAGCAGCGCCUCGCGACCGAAGCCGACGCGACGCCGAUGCUCACGCAGCCGUUCGGCGACGCGUCGCCGGCCUAUGCGGCGUUAGCCCACGCGUGUAUUGCGUACGACCCGGCCCACCGUCCGACGGCGUCCGAGGUCGCGCGGCGUCUCCAAGAGCAGCUCGACGAGCUCGACGAGAAGGAAGCCAACGUGCCGAAACAAGCCACGACGGUCCGCCCCGUGGUCGGCAUCGACGUGGUCGUCAAGCGGGCCACCGGGCUCGUGUCGUCGUCCAAGAUGUACUGCACCGUCAGUAUCGCCGACGGGAUGUUCAAAGCGCUUGCGACGGAUCGCGCCUCGUGCGCCAACGGCAUCUACAGCUGGCAACAGACGCUGUCGUUCGCCAACGUCAAGCCGCUCGAAGGCACGCUCGAUUUCACGCUCUGGUCGGUCGGCUACGUCGUCGACGCGAAGGAGUACGUGGCGUCCAUCAUGCUCGCAGACCUCCUGCACAUUGACGGCCAAACGACGAGCCUCCACGCGCCGCGCACGACAAGCCUCGACCUGUUUUCAGGCGGCGAGCGCCAAGGGUCACUCGAGAUCCAAGUCACGUUUACGAGCGAGCUCCGCAAGUACCUCGCGCUCUACGUGGACGAAAAGUCCAAGCUCAUUAGCUACUACGCGACACGGCAGACCAACUACUGCGCCGACUAUGCGCGGCGACGCGACCUCGCGGCCGUCGUGCUUGGCGUGCAAUCUCCGUAA